CAAAUAGUGAAAGUGAGGGGAAAAAACUCCAAAACCGACUGAUGGCAAUUGAGCUAAAAUUCACCAAACCGGACUGUGGUCUUCAUUGGGGGUUUCGAUUGGUGGGAGGUGCUGAUUUUAAUGAACCAUUGGUCGUUGUCAAGGUGCAAGAAGGCAGUUUAGCUGAAAGCGCGGGUUUAAUGGUAGGCGAUGUUGUGGUGAGAAUAAACAAUUCUUCCACAUCUGGACUAACACACGUGGACGCACAUAAUUUAAUCAAUCAAGCUGGUUGUGAUUUUUUCAUGGCGAUUAGAAGAGGAUUAUUUUCCGAUAUUCCAGUUGUGGCGGACGAUGAAGCAAAUGCGGAACUAGAGGACAUUUUUAACAAAACCUUAGCGGACAACUUUGAAGGCUUUGAAAAAGUUCACAAAAUUGGACCUUCACCAGAGAAUUUAGAAAACUUGGCCGGUCAAGAACAAGUGCUGGAACAAGUGAACGAAUCGAUUUGCCCAAAUCGCCCAAACAAUAAGCCGAAGAAGUGGUCGACUUUUCUGGUGAAACCGAAGAAUCCCAGGCCGCAGCCCAAAAAAUUGGAAGAAGACCGAAAAAUAGUCGGGGAACCAUACAAAGUGAAGAUUAUCAAGCAGCCCAGACGCGAUCCAAACGAUGUUCUUUAUCGGAAAAAAUCCGUGCAAUUCGAGCCGCUGGUGACAGAAGUGGAAAUUUCUCGCGAUACUUCAGUAGCCGAUUCAACUGAUUCGCUGGAAAUGUCUGAAGACACUCAUCUGGCUGAACUGGAAGUUGAAGCUUCCGUGCAAAUAACUGAAGAAACCACCGUUGAAAUGUGUGAAGCCGACGAAGAUGAGGAUGACCAGGCAACUUAUCAGAUAAGCGAUGGGGAUUCGCCGAUUCAAACCAAUGGCGAUGAAUGUACCAUAAAGAAGAUCAAGCCAAUCCUUAAGCCUGGCAGUUUGGACAUCCACAUUGAGCCAGUUGUAUGUGAGUCGUCGCUGUCGCUAGAAGAGCAACUAGCGGCGGUUCAAAAGCAGCUAUUGGCCCUCUCGCAGCUGCCCUCAGCUAUACAGGUCACUUUGGAGGCAGUCACUAAGCAACUCAAUAAAAUUGUGCUGGAAAAAACCACGCAAGUCCAAGAGGCUUCAUCUGAAGACUACGAAUCCAACCAUCUGGAGCCCACUAAUGGAUUCGGCAGUUUUGAGGAAGAAGAUGUUCCAGAGGAAAACUUAUCGGUAUCAGAAAAUGCUGAAGGCGACAUAACGGAAAACGAAGCUGAUGAUCAGCCAAGCUUCGAUGAUCUGGAGCAUGAUCAUGCUGGGAGCAAAGCAGAGGAACAGGAAAAUGAAGCUGAUGAAGCUGAAGAGGUGGAGGAACCGCUUGAUCCAUACGCCGGAUUAACCGAAGAGGAAAAAGAGGCCAAGAUUCGCGAGGAAAAGCUGCUAAGCAAAAAACUGAAGGUCAACCACUGGAACAGGAUUUGGCCAUGGGGCGACAAAGAGAAACCCGUUUACAGUUCCAGAGAGUCGAAUUGCUGCAUGGUCCCCAGCAAAGCCUUAGGCAAGCUGCAUCAACUUCCUGAAGUACCAGCCGCCACCGAAGAACCUGGACUAUCUUCAGAAGUCCGAAGUCUAUCGGCUGAUCCACGACAUGGAGCCACCAGUGAGGGGAGUGGGAGCCCGGGCUGAAAUUAUUUUAUCCGAAAAAGACUACUAUCAGGAGAAAGGCGCCCCAUAAAAACUGCCUAGUAACAAAGGAGAACCACGUAGUUAAUAUUUGUACAAAAUGUUGAAAAUUUAAAUUAUCAGAACCCCUGUAGAACCAAAAGGAAGAUGUUCAAUAAAGAUUCUAUUUGCAGUUU